UUGGCGAAAGCGCACGUGCGACUGCCCCACCCCCCAUUUAGCUGCCCCCCAAAAGCGCGAGCGAAUUUUUGGCGCGCAUUUUUGUCAACGUUUAAUUUCAUCAAUUAUUUGGCAUUUUUUUUCAAGUGUUUGCUAGGAGGCUUCUUUUGUAAGGGUGCAUGUGUGUGUGUGCGUGCUUACCGUAAUAAUUAUAGCCGUAGAUGUAACUUUGUCUGCUAGUGUGUGGCUAAUUGCAGGGCGCACUUGCAAUAUUCAUAGGACAAGUGCAGCGACACCGGACUGAAUAAUUCACCAGAAGUAGCAGUUCUUAUAUUGCGACCAGGCCGGUUAAAAAAAAAAGAAAAAAAAAACACAAGGAGCUGCAGAGUAAAAGCCGGCGAUCCGACGAACAUGUAAAUCGAAGCUCAAAUGGCAGCGAGCAACAAGCCCCAGUACAGGUACAAAUCCCACGGCGCCGCCCUGGAGUGCCUCCUGCACAUUAUCCUGUUCAGCAGAGUUGUGCGUCUGGAGGUCUUCGCCGAAGAGGUAACCACAGCAGCGAGUCUUUCAGAAGAAUGGGGCUCCGGCUGGCGGGGCACCAAUUUCCUGGUGGAGGUCGAGCAAACCGCACCCAUUUCGCCGCCCUCCUCGUCAUCGGCGUCCUCGAAUGGCAGCGAUGAUUAUUUGGGUGAGCUGGGGAGUCAGGAGGUGGACGAUGGAUUCACAACAGGUGCCACAACAGGAGCCUCCAAUGCCACCACGGUGGAAACAGGACCCAAGAUCAUUGUGCGCACCGAGGAGGUAUUGAUUGUGGGCCUGGUUUUGGUCCUCUGGGUGGGCGCCAUUAUGCUUUUCUUCAAUCGAUGGGGCAAGAUCCGGAUGCUGGAGCCGUAUCAGCCCAAGUUCCAGCAGCAGCAUCGCAGUUCCUGUCCGCUGGUCGAUUUGGAUGCUGUUACCACGCACCAGCGCUCCUCCGUGUCGCGCAUGUCGAUGGGCAUGGUGCACAAUCUCAAUAUGCCGACGUGUCAAUUUGCGGCCUAUAAUCCCAACAUUUAUGCCAAGGGUUACGCCUCGCAUGUUUCGGCGUCGCGUCCCCGCCAGAAUUCGGUGUUUGUUGGGGCCAGUACCAGUCACUAUUUGAUGCCAAGACCACCGAGGAAGACCCGAUCGGCGAUGGACCUGCACUCGAUGGUGCUGGACGAGAGUGCCGAACAGGUGUAGGAUGAUUCCAGGGAUAGUUCUGUGGCCAAAGAUCCUUGGUAGCGUGUGCUAAGUCAGUCUGUAAGUCGGUGAGGUGAGGUGGUGUGAGUGUGGUCCAUUUUCUUCGAGUGUUUCAAGCCGAAUGUCUGAGAAGUGCAGUAAUCAUGCAUAAAGGUGUCGAAGAGUAUGCCACAACAUUCUUUUGGCAACUCUCAAGUGGUUUAUGUAUAAAUGUAUACUUUGGUAUACGUUUUGAGAUAUAGUACUAGUUCAGCAAAUAGUAUUCAAAAUGCCAGAAGAGAAUGGAUUAGGUGGUAGUAAGAAUGAGGUUUUCUUUUAUUUAUAAUGGGGUGCCUAAAAUUGCGAGAGUUCGGAAUGAUUGCGCUGGAAUAGCACUGUCCAAUAUUUGCAACAACAUAUACAUAUACAUAUAUAUAUAUAUAUAAAUUUGCCACUCGCAACAAACUCUAUGCCAUUUCCCAACUAUCUCUGUCGCACACACAUUAAUUUUUCUGUGCUGGCACAGAGUCAAUUUGAGUCAAUUUUUUUUGGACCACUUAACACAAAAACCACAAAAAAAAAAAAAACGAUGAAGUAAACAUACCGAAAAUAUGUAGAAGUAUCUAUCCCUAGCGUAUUCUAUUAGCCCUAUCCAGUGUUACUCAAUGUAGUCUAUAACCUAGCCCGAUUUUCCUAGCGUAUUUCUCCUACUUCACAUUAUUGGGAUACCAGUGAAAAUUGUUAAAUUAAACAUAUGUAUACACGUUAAGUACAUAGGUAAAUGUAUCUGCGAAACUGUUUAGUUCGUAAGCCCAAAGCUCAAAAAUGGAUCAGCAUACAACUCCAAACUCGACCAAAGUACCCGUGUUAAUAUCUUUUCCCAGCACCUCUGUAUUGCACUAUUAAAAUGUAUCGUAACUUAAGUAAUUUCGACCAACAAAAGCCGGAUGAUAAGUACGCAGAUAGGGAGGAGAAUGAGGUAUGUAGCAUAAUACGAAAUGGAAAAGGAACAACUAACUAACGAAAGCUUUAAAUUCCUUGGGUCUCCUGGGGACCUGCAAAAACCAAAAAACCCAUCCAGAUCGAAGUAAACUAAACCAAAGCUGCGAAUUAUAUUUAAGGCCUAAGAUAACUACCAAAAAAAAAAAAAGUCUAGUGGAAAAUAUGCGGAUCAAUGUACACUUUACCAAAACUAAAAGAAAAUAUAACCUCAACUUAAAGAUAACUCACACACUCAGACAGUUUUUCCUCACAAAUCUGAAAGCUAAACGAAUAAAUUGUUGAAUAUUAAUGUUUAAUUAACUUGUUUACAAUAUUUACAAGGGCCUGAGCAAAACCAAUUAUAUAUAC